CUCGCCGCGGGCUCUGUGUAUCAAUUCACCAUGUCGGCUCCUAUCACCAUGGAUCAAGCUCUGGUGGGCCGUAAGACGGGCUGGUUUGCUGAUCGAGGCAUCAUCACCAUCAACUUGCUCCUUGUGUUGUGUCAAAUCUCGUCCUAUGCAACUGGGUACGAUGGAUCGAUGAUGAAUGGACUCCAAUCUUUGGAUGAGUGGAAAGAGUUCUUCCAUCAACCGGGUGCCAGCACUUUGGCUCUAUUGAACGCCAUUCAGAACGUCGGUCAACUCCUGUCUCUACCAUUUUGUGCUUAUGCAUGCGAUUAUUUCGGACGGAAAAAGACUCUUGUGUUUGGAGCUUGCAUAAUCCUCUUAGGCGUCGGGUUGCAGGGUGGCGCACAAAACAACGGCAUGUUCAUCGCCGCCCGCGGAAUCAUUGGCUUCGGCCUCGGCUUCAACAUCACUGCUGCGCCCAUUCUUAUCAUGGAGCUUGCCUUUCCAACACAAAAGGCACCCAUGGUCAGUAUUUACAAUUCCUUGUGGAGUAUGGGUGCCAUUGUUGCUGCCUGGACCACGUAUGGCACCUUUCGCAUCGCAAACACAUGGGCUUGGAGGAUUCCUUCUAUUCUGCAAGCUUUGUCUAGCUUCAUUCAGAUCUUGUGCAUGUGGUGGAUAGUCGAAUCUCCCCGUUGGUUGGUGAGCAAGGACCGAUGUGAUGAGGCACAGGAGAUCAUCACUAGAUAUCAUGGAAACAACAAUCGGAAUGACCCUAUCAUUAUGGUCGAGCUGGAAGAGAUAAAAGAAGCCCUGCGUCUUGAGAAAGAAUCCUCUGCCAGCGGCUCUUACCAGUCAUUUUUCAAAACUCGGGGCAACAUGCUUCGAUUCUCGAUUAUCCUCGCAGUAGGCUUCUUCUCUCAAUGGUCCGGCAACGGCUUGAUUUCGUAUUACCUCACACUCAUCCUCGACUCUAUAGGGAUUGAAUCGCAGGAAACGCAAACCCUCAUCAACGGAAUCCUUACAAUCUGGAAUCUCGUCACCUCUCUCGGCUUCUCCCUCGUCGUCAAUCGAUUCAAACGACGCACCAUGUUCUUGACUUCCACAGCCUGCAUGCUCGUUUGCUUCAUCAUUUGGACGGCACUGGAAUCGACUUUCGAAAAACAGGUGGACGCUACGGGAUCCGGGUCCGCAGCCGUGGGUAGAGCCGUCCUCGCCAUGAUCUUCUUGUACAACGCCGCAUUCAACAUCGCCUGGGCUCCGCUGCAGGUUACAUAUGUCGUUGAAAUCUUGCCAUAUCAGAUGCGUGCGAGGGGUCUUGUUCUUUACAAUCUUUUCGUCUCUUGCGCCCUCAUCUUCAACCAAUACGCCAACCCCAUUGCUCUUGAAGCCAUAAAGUGGAAAUACUAUGUCGUCUACGACGUCUGGCUACUGGUUGAACUGGUGACGGUUUACUUCCUCUUUGUUGAGACGUCCGGCUCCUCGCUCGAGGAAAUGGCUGCUAUCAUUGACGGCGAGGAUGCGAAGAACGAGAUCAUUGAGGCGGUAGCAAGAGUCGCGGACGGGAAGGAAAGAACCAUAAUGGUGAGGGAAGAGAGUGUUGCGUAG